CCUGAGUCUGCGUUUAACGUGUUUUGUUCGCAGGGAAAAGACUUCUUCCAUUUGUAUCUUCGAAACAAUUCCAAUUUACCGUUUUUUACAAAUAUCUCGUUCGCAAGAAAGGUACAUAUAUCUACGUCAUGCGGCUUUUAAUUUUAUUAGUGGCUUUUCUGCCGAUAUUUGCCAGCGUCGAAUUUCCAGAAUAUGCGUUUCCCGACAGUGAUUACGUUUGGCAACACCAUAAUCACGAAGAACUAAAGAAGGUUUUGGACGACACUGCAGCCAAAUGCCCAGAUAUCACUCGUAUUUAUAGCCCCGGACAAAGCGUCGAGAAAAGAGAACUGUGGACGAUCGAAAUAUCCGAUAAACCAGGCCAACAUGAACUGGGUGAGCCUGAGUUUAAGUAUGUUGGUAAUAUGCAUGGUAAUGAAGUGGUGGGACGGGAGUUACUGCUUGUAUUCAUACCCUUUAUAUGUGAAGAAUAUCUGAAUGGAAAUGAAGCCAUCGUGUGGUUGGUUGAAAAUACCAGAAUUCAUAUUAUGCCUACAAUGAACCCUGAUGGAUAUGCCAUUGGUAGAAAAGAGUUUGAUGAGACGGGUAGGAAUCAGUGGGUGAAUGGACGAGCAAAUGCAAAUGGAAUUGAUCUGAAUCGUGAUUUCCCAGAUUUGGAUACAGUGGAAUUUGAAAAUCCUGAAAAUAACAACCAUAUUUCCAUGGCAUUGAAUAAAAUUGGACACCAGCUUCAACCUGAAACAAAAGUGAUGAUGAGAUGGAUUGAUGAGAAUCCAUUUGUUGUUUCUGCCAAUCUCCAUGGCGGUGACCUAGUUGCUAAUUAUCCCUAUGAUUCAAGUUUUGAUGGUAAGGUACAUUAUCAAAAAAGCCCAGAUGAUGCAAUAUUUCGUGAAUUAGCGAUGGCGUAUUCUACCGUGCAUGCGCACAUGUCAGAUCCAGAUCGUGAAUCAUGUGAUACAACAUCUGAUGAUGAAUUUGAAAAUGGUAUCACUAAUGGAGCCGACUGGUAUCCAGUUCCAGGAGGUAUGCAGGAUUACAACUAUUUAUCUUCCAACUGUUUUGAGAUCACUCUGGAACUUGGUUGUGAUAAAUUCCCCCAGGCAUCAGAGUUGCAAGGUUACUGGAAGGACAAUUUGCCUGCACUCUUGAACUACAUGGCUAUGGUACAUGUUGGAAUAAAAGGUGUGGUAGUUGACAGCAACGGUGAAGGUAUUGCAAAUGCAGUUAUCAGUGUGAAAACUGUGGUUCUGGAUCGAAAUGACAAAAUUGAAGAUGUCAUUCCAAUUGAACAUGAUGUCACUACAGCGGCAAUGGGUGACUAUUGGCGGUUACUGGUACCUGGUCCAUACAUGGUUACUGCUAGUGCUGAAGGUUACAAAUCAACUGAAAAACCAUGCUGGGUAGAUGACGAUUCUACUGCUACUAUAUGCAACUUUGCUCUGGCAGAUGGUAAUGAUUUGCCGAACUUUUAGUAAUAUCUUGGGUAUGUAAGUCUUAACAAAGAUCCUUCAAACCUCUCUGAAGAGAGAUAGACCCAAACAAAAUUGGCUUGCAAGCUUGAAAACUCAUCUUUGUUUUAACUUUUACAAUAAAAUUUACAUACUGUUUUUUUUUUUAAACUAUUUCCAUGCAACUAUUGUGCCAAAGAUUAAACCUACAAAAGAUGUACAAGAACUUAAAAUUAUAUUUUUGAAUUUACAAGAAAUUAUAAAAUGUACUUUUAAUAUAUAAUAUGGUCCAAGGUAGGUGAAUGUCCC